AUGGCAGAUUGGAAGUUACCAGUGAGCUACAAUCCAUCCUACCAUGCUUUUGCCUAUGGUCUCAUGUACCAAACAGGGCCUGAGCAAAAUCAUCCCAACAUCUCCGGCUGGGCAGAGGCCGUUUACAACUCUGGGGUCAGUGGCGGCUACCACCAGCAAGCUCCGCAUCAAUCCCCACCCAGGAAUCCCGAACAUGGCAAUUCCCACUACCCAGGUCCUGUCAUGUAUCUCGGGGACCCUCAGAGCCAUACUCCGAGUGGAGGCCUUUUCAUCCCCCACAACCGGACUCCGUUUGAUCAACCCCCGAAGGGGAUCGAGCAGCCAGAUUCUUGGACUUCGGAGAAAGUCUAUCCUCAAACCAACCCUGCCACCUGGGUGAAAAGGGAGUUGGAAGAGGAGAUGGAAAGUGGAAGCCCAGAUGGUAGUGAGCUUGUCUCCAGCUCCUAUCCAGAGAACGCAAGCGUACAAAUUCUGGGGAGUGAGGACAACGCCCCACCGUCUUUGCCCUUGCCUCUCCCGGAAAAAGCGGACAAGGACACCCCCAAACAAAAAGCUCGGACUGCUUUUUCAACAGGCCAGAUGGAUGCCCUGACCCAUCGGUUUAACAUGCAGAGGUACCUCUCCCCUGCUGAGAUGAAGGCCCUGGCUGGACUGACGGGGCUAACUUACAAACAGGUAAAAACUUGGUUCCAGAAUCGCAGGAUGAAACUGAAAAGGCACCAGAAAGACAACGGUUGGGAAUCUGUUGGGUAUCCAAACCCUGGCUACCCAAACAUGCCACCACGCCCUCAGUUUCAGGGAGAAGCCCAAAAACAGAUUCUGGAUCAUCACUCCAACACUCAACGGUUCCAAGAUGCCAUGUUCAAGAAGAGCCCCCAGCAGAACCUGCCUUACUACACAGGUGGAUACCCCCAGCCAUCCGCCUCUCCCUCUCAGGCCCCUGCGAGGCCCCUGGGCAACUGGCCCCUGCCACCAGCCACGACCCACUAAUGGCUUCUACAGCACAGCAAGGGGCUACAACAUGGACAGUGUAAAACACGACUCCAGCAUCAGGUGACGACAGGAGCC